AUGCUUGAUGAAAAAUUAUCAUGCUUGUUGGACGAAAGUGAAGAUGAAAUUACUAUUGCAAAUGAUACUACAUAUAAAAAUAACGAGAAUUAUUCCACUGAAAAAAAUAUAAGGAAUGAGAAAUAUAAAAAUUCUUCAAGUUCUAUAUUGAACUUUAAUAUUCGUAAUCUUGGAAAUCUAGAUAAUUUCUUUAAAAAAUCUAAUGAAAAUAAAAAUUCAAAGCAGAGCAAUAAUGAUAAAAUAAAUAGUAACUUAAAUGAUAAUACACUAUUCUAUAAUUCAACAAAACAAAAAGAUGAAAAUAAUUCAGAUAUUUUGAAAACAAAUUAUAUAAAUGAAAAUGAAAAAAAUACUAUGAAUACUGAGUUAAAAGAGAAGCAUGCACAAUUGAAAGCGUAUUCAUCAGACAAAUCUCUAAAUAAUAAAAAUGUGAUAUAUGAUGAAAUUAGUAAAUGUCCUGAUGAUUCUUUCUCAUCUUUUUCUCAAAAUGAAAAAAAAAAAAAAAACUUUGAAAAUGAAUCACAAAAUGAAGGCAGUGUCUUAUCCAAUAGAUUAAAUAAUUUCCAUAAUGAUAAAAUAAAUGCUAGUUGUAAACUAAAUAAAAGUCAUAAUGAAUCAGAAUAUAAAAAAAAAUAUCAGGACUUUCAAAAGAAAAAGGGUUCUUUUUUUAAUGAAGAGAAUUACUUAGAAAAAAAAAAUAAAGAAAAAAUGAUAGAUAAUAUUAUUUGUGAAAGAAAUAAUUUCUCAGAAACAAAUUUAUAUAAAGAACAUUUUAAAAUGGGUGAAAUAAGAGAUACUGACACACUAAAAGAGAAGCAUUUAAGUAAUAAUAUAAAAAAAAAUUAUUAUGAAAGUUUUGAAAGUAAUAAUACAUAUUUAUCAGAUCGUACUUCUGUUUUAGUUAAAACUAAUAAUGAAAGCAAAUAUCCCAUAAAAAAUAACAAAGUAAUAAAAGAUAAUACAUAUAAUUCUCAUUUCAAUUUAAAUGAAAUGUCUCUUAUAAACAAUAAAUCAUAUAAUUCUUUUAAUAGUAUUGAAUUCAUCACAAAUGAUGGAAAUAAAAAUAAUAUAACAAUCCUAAAUAGUAACUCAACUAAAUCGAAUUCUCUAAUGGGACCAGCUGGUUUGCAACAUAAAAUUAAAAAGUACAGCAAUAAAAAAAGUAAGCAAUUAAUUUAUUGCUUUUCAUUUAUAAAAUAUAAGUCAUGGAUCAAAGGAUUACAGAUAUUAAAUUUACCACUAGAUCCUUUUCACUUAAGUAUAAAUAGUCAUAAAUAUAUAAAUAAUAAUCCAUCUAAUGAAUCUUUUUUAUAUAAAUAUAAUAUACAUAACAUUCUAAAUAAUAAAAAAUUUUCCAAUUAUAGAAUUGAAAGAAUGAUAGUUUUAGUAAAAACAAUUGUUUGUCGGAGUCAUGGAUACUUUUUACUUGUAAUGGAUCCCUCGGGCCAAAUGCCAGCUUCUCUACAUAAAGAAGUAGAAAGUGAAUAUAAAAAAAAUAUUGAUGUUGGAUGUACUCUAUUAUUAAGAAAUGUAACAAUUUUUGACACAAUAGAUAACUUUCCAUAUUUAAUAAUUACACUAAGAAGCCUUGUAAGAGUUAUUAAAGCUGAAGAAACAGAUUACAUAACUAAAGAAAAAAUAUAUAAUCAACUACACUUAUAA